CUCUACUUCGUCACGGUUCUCUUGGCGCCUUGAUCUCAGCGCUUUAGAUCUCGUUGAGAGAUCAUCUAUCUCUCUCUCUAUUUUUUCGAUCGAAAAACACUAAAAAUGGUUUAUACUAUAUCUGGGUCUCGCUUGCCUAGCACAGUUCCAUCGGUGUACAAGUUGCCUGGGUCGAGCUCUCACGGUGAACGAAGUAAUGUUAAUUUCUCAGUCUUUCUGAGGAAGCACUCUUUUUCUGGGAAGUUUUUCGGAGGAAAGUCGUCUUAUGAUUCUGACUCCACAUCUUUUACAAUUGCUGCAUCUGAAAAAGUCCUUGUUCCUGGCAGUCAGAGUGAUGGCUCCUCAUCCUUGACGAAGCAAUUGGAAGUUACUGAUGCAGCUUUAGAAGAUCCCCUAGUAUCAAAUGAUGUAGAUAGUCUGAAGAUGGAAGGUGUUAGCGACAUAGAAGAUGAGAACAAUUAUGUAGAACCAACAAUCGUUCAUAGUGAAGUCGAAGUGGAGCAAGAUUCUGGACUUUCAGAGCUUUUGGGAGACGAAGGUAAAGCACAGGAAGCAGAGACAUCUGCUCCUUUCAAUGACAUGAUAAGCAAUGAGACAGAGAGAGUUAGAAAAACGUCCAUUCCUCCACCAGGAACUGGACAGAGAAUAUAUGAAAUAGAUCCACUUCUCAGAAAUUAUGGCGAACAUCUUGAAUAUCGUAUACGCAUAUCUUCUGGUAAUUCUGGUAUCCUUCAUGUCAAGUCACUGGAUCAUUUUGUCAAUGGCAACAUGGAGUAG